AUGGACAGGUUUCUCGAUGCCCUCCCUGGACCCAUCCAGUUCACAGUCCUUGCUUCUGCCGUCUUCAUAUUCUUCGGAGCGCACAACUACCUGCAGGAAGCGAUCUCGAGGAUGCAGGGGUUCGAGGGGUUGGGAAGCAUCUUGGGCUAUCUGGAGGUGAUGGGCGUGAUGGUUUGCUCCUUCUUCGAGCGGAUGAUGGUGGGAGAGAAGGGCAGGACAGUGAAGGCGAUGAACUACAUGAAGUUAACCAUGUGCUUGCUGGGCACAAGCUACCUCAGCACUGUUGGCCUCAAUUACAUCAACUAUCCCACCAAGGUGGUCUUUCGAAGCUGCAAGCUGAUCCCAACCAUGGGGGUUGCGCUCGUCAUGCACCACGAGAGGUUUAGCAUGGUCGAGGUGCUCUCAGCAGUGUGCGUGUGUGCCGGGCUCGCUAUGUUCGCGUUUGCAGACAUGUCGGGGGAGCAGAAGGUCUCUACAGUUUACGGGAUGUCCUUGCAGGCGCUGAGCGUCAUAGCCGACUCCUUCCUGCCCAACUUCCAGCAAGCCUUGUUUCGCCAGGGAGCGUCGACCUUGGAAGUGACGUACUACACCAACUUGUACGUCUUCGUCAUCAUGACCUUCCUGGGUGGAGGCACCGGCCACCUCUUGGGCGCGUACAACUUCAUCCUCAGCAAUGCAUGGGCGGUGAUGUACUUGACCAUCUACACCAUCGUCGCGUACGUUGCUAUCAGCUUCCACAUGCGAGUUGUCUCCCGGUAUGGAAGCGUGAUCGCUGUUCUCGUGGGCAACAUUCGAAAGGCUGGCACCAUAGCGCUCUCCUUUCUGCUCUUUCCCAAGCCAUUCUCAUGGUUCUACGUUUACGGAACGCUCCUCGUGUUCGGGGGUCUCACUGCCACCGCUUACGUCAAGGAUAGACGUAGGAGGAGUCAGAAGUAG